AUGUCACCAUCCAAACCCCCGCAAACACAAAUAUCGACGCGCGUAUCUAUACGAUGGUUGCCGGAACCCCCCUUCGAAACCACAGAUAGUAUUGUCCUCACAAUAGGCGAGUGGUACGUCGACUUGCGCGUCGACAAGAAAACAGGUCUCAUUGACUGGGCCAUAGCGGGCCAAUGCCUGCAACAGCCCGGAAGUCCACGUCGAUUAGUCUUCACUCACACCAUCGACUCACAUAACAACUUCAACAUCAGCGACCCCUGUCCAUUCAUCCCUCUUCCAAAUGGAGACGACAUAGAAACCGGGGCUAUGCCGCGUCCAGAUAAGCCCGGAGCACCGGUGACAAAGUAUGAAGAAGUGUGGAGGUAUCAUUCGUUGCGCAAUAGUCCCGAACCGCGCAGGGCAUGGAUCUUGGAGUCUGCAGAUUGUGAACAGAAAGAAGGGCAGUAUCUGAUCUGGAAGACCUUUUUGGGUCGGAUUGGGGACACAUAUCUUGCCUUGCACCAGGAGCAGGUUCAUGUUCAGAGCCGGUCAUCUGCUGGGAAGUGGAAAGUAGAAGUCAAGGGGGGUCCGGUGAGUGCUCGGAGGGAGGAGUGGUCUGGCACUCAGUGGGAAGAGAAGUAUGUUCUUGGUCCGAGUGGUCAGAGUUUGCCUUCAAUGAGAAUCGGGAUAGACGGCAAAAUACAGGGCUCCUGGGCAUCUCCAGGGCAGAAAGUGUCCGUGGGAGGGCGUCAGUAUAUCUUUCGGGCAUUUGAGGACCUGGAAAACGAGGGUUCCAGUGGUAAAUCGCGACUCUGA